AUGUGCGGUAUAUUUGGAUAUGUCAAUUACAACACGCGACGGACGAUGCGAGAGAUUGUCAACGUGCUAAUGGACGGUUUGAGGCAUGUGGAGUAUCGUGGGUACGACAGCGCCGGCCUCUGCGUGGACGGCUUUGAUGAUGCUCAUACACCUGUCGUGAUUCGUAGCGUGGGGAAUAUUGACCAGCUGCGUACGCUUGUUUUCAGCGAUGAGAAUGCUGUUUUGUUGAAUCUCGGCGCAGCCUCUGACGUUCAUGUCGGUAUCGCCCAUACUCGCUGGGCCACGCACGGCACCCCGUCUGUGAAGAACGCCCACCCGCAAUGCAGCAAUAACCGGGCGUUUGUUGUGGUGCACAACGGCAUCAUGACAAACUUCAUGCGGGUGAGGCAGCUCUUGUUGAAUAAGGGCUAUAAAUUUGGUAGUGACACUGACACGGAGGUGAUUGCAGUGCUGGCGGAGGAUCUACAUGCGCAUGAGCCGCAACUCUCCUUUGUUGAGCUCGCGACAAAGCUCACCUCCAUAGUGGAGGGUGCGUAUGCGAUUUUAAUCAAAUCGACUGUCUUUCCUGGUGAACUCAUCGCAUGUCGUAAGAGCUCCCCGCUUGUGAUUGGUGUUUGUCGUGGAGAGGCAAACGGUUGCACGUCUGGCGCAAAGGAACCACUACUCACAGAGUUGUAUUUUGCCUCCGACGUGAACUCUUUCAUUUCCCACACGCGCGAGGUUAUUUUUCUUGACGAUGACGAUAUUGCGCACUACCACGAUGGUGCACUGGCCAUUUACUCCUCCACAAUCCCCGCUCAUCCCAACACCGCUGUUGUGGCUAGGCCUGUCGCCCGUAAGACGCAGAACGUUGGCCACGCUUUUGAGGAGAUUUCCAAGAAUGGCUACAAACACUUUAUGCUGAAGGAAAUUGACGAGCAGCCAGAGAGCGUCACACGAACUAUGCGCGGCCGCAUAGACUUUGUGAAGGGUGAGGUGAACUUUGAUGGCAUGGAUGCGAGUGCGAUGGUGGCCCUUUCCACGGCACGUUGCAUCAUGUUGAUUGCAUGUGGAAGCUCAUACCACAGCUGUCUUGCUGUUCGUCCUAUCUUUGAAGAGCUGCUGCCGAACAUCUCUGUUGUGGUGGAGGGGGCCGCAGACUUUAACGACAGAAAGCCACGUGUUCAACGCGGUGACGUCUGUGUAUUUGUUUCCCAGUCUGGUGAGACCGCUGACACCCUGGUGGCGUUGCAGCAUUGCAAAAAAGGUGGUGCGGUGCUUGUCGGGGUGACAAAUGUCCUGGGUUCGUCUGUGGUUCGGCAAGCCGAUCAUGCCUUCUUCCUUAACGCCGGUGUGGAAGUGGGGGUCGCCUCAACGAAGGCCUAUACGUCGCAGGUCGUUCUACUCACCCUUUUAGCCCUGCUGCUGAGCCAAACAGAGGGGAGUGAAAAGAAUGGCAAGCACCCCACAGGAAAUGUGCCCAAGGAUGUGAGGGAGGACGAAAAUAAGGAAGCGGCAGAGAGUAAGCGACGCAUUCAGAAGCGACGUGCAGAGAUUCUCACUGGACUUGCUGCCCUCCCUGCAGCCAUUUCACAGUGUCUGAAGACUGUCCGCGACACUAUCAUCUCUCUCGCAGAGGAAUGGCAGGACAUUUCUACCCUACUUGUGAUUGGUCGAGGCUACGACUAUUCCACAGCACUAGAGUCCGCCUUAAAGAUAAAGGAGGUAGGCUACGUCUACACCGAGGGUAUUCACUCUGGUGAAUUAAAGCACGGUUCGCUGGCUCUUGUGGAUGCGCAAGCACGGGUGAUUGCUUUUUGCGUCCAUGACCGUUUUUUUGAGUUUAGCAAGAGUGCGAUUCAGCAGUUAAAAGCACGUAAUGGACGCAUCGUGGCGAUAACAACACAGAAGGACGCAGAAGUGGAUAAUGCCGCUGUGCGAUGUGUGGAGGUGCCAGGCGUCGUGGAUUGCCUACAGGGUGUCGUUAAUGUUGUGCCACUGCAACUGCUUGCGUACUAUCUCGCUCUGCAACGUGGAAACAACGUGGACUGUCCACGCAACCUUGCAAAGAGCGUCACCGUGCAGUGA